UUCGUACGUCUCUUUAAGCUGCAAAACGGAAUAAAGAAAGAAAAAAGUUUCAGAUCAAAAAUUUUGUGAUGUUUAAGAUUCUGCGUCAGCUAGCGAAAAAGACGAAAAAUUAUAAAGUUUAUCUACAAAAUCGAUUUUAAACCACCAACAAACUGUGGAGCAAGUUGUACGGAUUAGUGAUUUGUACGAAGCGCUAGUGAAAUAGUUGGUGCCCAGCAGGAUGUGGUCGUUUUUUUCAAGGGACUCCACUAAAGAUUUCCCAUAUGAAAUUGGAGAACCAGUGCAGCAGUUCGAUUCCCGCAGCAUUUGGUCGCUGCAUCGGGGCAAACGAAAAGGGGGCACCGGUGAGGAAGUUUCAGUAUUUGUGUACGAUAUCAAGAAUGGCACGGACGUAAAGCUGGAGCUGGCCAGAGCAGCAGUGAAGAGACUGAAAACACUGCGCCAUCCUAGCAUCUUGCAGUUUUUGGAUAGUUUAGAAACGGACAAAGUGCUAUACGUGGCUACCGAGCAAGUCGAACCGCUGGGAACAUACUUCGAGAAGCUGGCCGGUGAGGGAUCCCAGAAGGAUCUGUCACUGGCAUGGGGGAUAUUCCAGAUUACGCGUGCCCUUUCGUUCCUCAACAAUGACGGUAACCUGCGCCAUAAUAACGUCUCCGCCUGGUCAGUGCUUGUCAAUGCCAGCGGGGAAUGGAAACUGGGUGGACUAGAAUACGUUUCAUCGACUGACCUUUCCCUGGCGCCACCCAUCAAAAUACCACCUGCGUUGGAGAUCUACGAUCCCCCGGAGAAGAACGAUCCGGGAAAACUGAGAUGUGUCACCAAAUGCUCCAGCGAUAUGUGGGGUCUCGGAUGUUUGGUGUGGGAGUCGUUUAACGGGCCGAUGAGGACUCGCGCUAAUCUCAAAGAGUUGGCCAGUAUUCCCAAAUCGUUGACUCCAUUGUACUGUGAGCUGGUUGGUGCUUCCCCUGGAAAUCGACCGAAUCCGGCAGAUGUGAUAACCAAGUGCCGCAAGCCGGGCGGUUUCUUCAAAAAUGAUCUGGUAGAUACGUUGCUCUUCCUGGAGGAGAUUCAGAUUAAGGACAAAGCCGAGAAAAAUCGAUUUUUCAGUGGGCUAACGACACAAUUAGACAACUUUCCUGAUAAUGUGUGCAAGAACAAAAUUCUUCCACAACUCAUAACGGCCUAUGAGUACGGUGACGCGGGUUCCGCAGUGCUUGCACCUAUGUUCAAGCUCGGACGACUACUAGACGAGGUCGAAUACCAGAAACGAAUAGUGCCAUGCGUUGUGAAGCUUUUUGCUUCAACCGAUCGUGUUACGCGGUCGCGUUUACUGCAACAGCUAGAGUUGUUCAUAAACCACCUUCAGACGGGGGUGGUAAACGAUCAGAUCUUUCCUCAAAUUGCUCACGGUUUUCUGGACACCAACCCAACGAUCAGGGAACAGACCGUGAAAUCAAUUAUACACCUUGCACCUAAACUAAACUACAACAAUUUGAACGUUGAAGUGCUGCGACAUUUCGCACGACUGCAGUCACGCGAUGAUCAAGGAGGAAUUCGCACCAACACCACGGUGUGUUUAGGAAAAAUUGCGCCACACUUACACCCACAGGUACGACAACGUGUCCUCGUAUCAGCAUUCAUCCGGGCAAUGCGAGAUCCAUUCCCGCCGGCAAGGGUAGCCGGUAUACUUGCACUGGCAGCCACGCAGCAGUAUUUCCUAUUGAGCGAGGUAGCCAAUCGCAUCCUGCCAGCCCUCUGUCCACUGACAGCGGAUCCGGAGAAGACGGUUCGAGAUCCGGCCUUUAAGACGAUACGUGGAUUCCUAGGCAAGCUGGAGAAAGUCAGUGAGGAUCCCAGUUUACGGGAGAGCAUGGAGGCCGAUGUUCACACGGCAACGCCUUCGCUGGGCAACGCAGCGGCUACGUGGGCCGGAUGGGCCGUUACCGCAGUGACUGCCAAAUUCUAUCGAAGUCAAAGCGACACGGCACGCCCGCGACCACCCCUAACUGGUAAAAAUUUGAGUAAACCUGCUUCGCUGGAACAACCUUCGAGCAGUAGUAUAUCCACUACUACUAGCAGUGUAACGUCGAUGACUUCACUAGAGCAUGAGAGUGCAGACACAUCGGUUUCAGCUAGCGACUAUGGCCCAGAGACCUGGGAUCAGGAAAACUGGGGUGAAAUGGAUACAUCUCAAGAUCCUAGCAGUCCAAUGGCAGGCGCAACAAAUCCUUUAACAGCUAGUCUUAACAUGAUUGGUACCGUAACGGACACACGAGAUGGAUGGGACAAUGAGGACUGGGGCAGCCUGGAGGAAGAACCAAACGAAGACCUAGAUGAGAAUGACGAGGACGAGUUGAACCGAACCCAACACAAGCAGCACAAUCAGUCGUCACCGGCGACUACAUCGUCAACGACGAGCUCAAGUAACGCUGCCUCUACUUCCGCGUUAGCUGCACCAGCCAGCUGCAACAAUGCCAACAACAACUUACCGAACCAUCACAACACUAGUAGUCCAAGCAAAAUGCUUGCCCUGAAGAACAUGACCAAUAUCAUCAACCACACGACAAAUAAUUCCAAUUCCAAUUGGAACAAUGUCGGGGACGGAUGGACUGAUGGAGACUUUGAGCCAAUUGAUGAACCCAGCUCAGGAAACCCUAAACUUGACGAGGCCCGGCGCAAGCGCGAAGAGAAGAAAAUGCAACGUCAACGCGAAUUGGAAGCGAAGCGUGCUGCCCGGGGUGUUGCUGGAUCCGGUGGGCCGAGCAGCGGUCCAAUGAAGCUGGGCGCGAAAAAGAUUCAGCUUGACUGAGUAAACGAAACCGGUGGUGACGAUGAACUGGUGAACGAAGAAAUAUGAUUGAAGCAAGCGGGAACACUUCGCCAAGAGAGCUCGAAUGUGAACGACGAGUAAAUUGCAGUUUUUGCAGUACAGUUUUGCUGGUAAGUUUGAUGAGUCAAUCGUGACGCUUCUUGUGAGCAGCACGAUUUUUUGCGAACGGCGAAUCGAUUUUUUGGAAAGAUACAUUAUUUGAACAGCUUUGACCUGGAAAAAAUGUUUUCCAUGUACAGCGUAUGGGGAAAAGAAGCAGGGUUUGUGGAGAGUAAGACAUUUUUUCGCACCAGUUGCAGGACAUUGUCAUCAUCUUGUAUUAGCUUUAAAUAGUGAAUUAUACGAAUUUAGAGACUUUUUCCUAACAAGCCAAUAAUUCAUAAUACCAACAUCAGCCGCCGAACGGCACAAGAAGCAAAAUGUGUACCUACUUGUAUGUAUAGGUUCCCUGUAGAACAGGCCAGUGGGUAUACUUGUUUGCAAACGUGGAGAUGAAGCUGGUACAUACCGAGAUAUGAGAAGCGACAGAAAACCCGACCAUGAGAAAAAAUGAAUAGAUUGUAUUCUCUAGAUAGGCCAGAAUCCUAAUUACCAAUAGAUAGUGAGAAAUUUAUUAAAUUAAACUGCACCUUAAUAGAGUUUAAUAUCACACACUCAAACUUCCUGUUGUAGUACAGAAUUAAUAGGGUAUGUUUGCGGGUACGUUUUCUCCAUCACGAGCAUAUUACCUAUCAUUCCAAUGGCUUUUUGAUUAUAGCAACGGCGGAGUCGCACCGCUAGUGCAUGCAUUUGGGAUACAUUUGUUAUGUGGAAUACCUUCGGUGUCUAGUCUAUUACCAUUAAAGCCAGUCGAAGGCCACAGCCGUGUUGUGAGAUGACUGCUAUUCUCACGUUACGCGAAGAACAGUUUCUUAUUUAGUCAAGCGCAAGGUAACUUUUACUCAUUUAUCGCAAAGUUUCGCAUUCCAUAAAACGCUGUUCUGUAUGACAUGUUUCCUAGAUAGACUACUCUAGCAAACGUGGCACUGUGGAUCCAAAUUCAGUCGCUUGUUUUCUUACUUUAUAUGCAGCUUGGUUAUCUUUGUACACUAAUUCAGUUUAUUACAAAAGUCGCUGGAUAUCUAUUUCAUUGAAUGAAUAGUAUACUGAUAAAGCCAAAUUUAAUUAAUUUAAUUGAGUUAGAUCGGUGUAAUGGGAAUGAUAGAUCAAUCCUGAUCCAGCGCAGAAUGUUCUAUGUUCAAUCGUUGUAAUACAAAAAUUAGAAACCGCCUUACCUUGUCCCACCCAAAUAUUUUUUUAUGUCUAGUGCUGCUGAAUUUAAGAUAUAGGUCCCAAAAUUUAUAAAAUUGUCUCUAAAAUAUGUCUAAUUGUGCCUUCCAGGAAAGUUCAUCUGCAAUUAAUUUUGAGUUGGUUUUCGGAGGAAUGCUAUACUUAUUCGGGUAAUUUUAUUUUUUCACUAUUUCAUCUGCAACUACACCUCCAGAUCAUAAGUUGCCGGAGCUUUAUGCGAAGAAAGGUAAUCACAAAACAAAUCGUUAAGGUUAUUUACAUGUAAACCAUUCAUCUGUCUUACGCAUCAAUAUAUCCUACAUUUUCAAAUUAUCGAAUAUAAUUUUCAUUUCUUCGUAAAUUUUGUCGCACAAAGGCUAACUUAAAAUCUCUAUGGCCUUUUUCGUAAAUAUUCAAUGUUAAAAUAAUUUCUCAGGCAGACGACGCGAUGCCGCUAAAUUUCCGAAUUAGAUUAAAACUGUUCCACAUAAUGCCAUGAAUCACCCAAUAGUCAUUCAUUGCCAACCCUACCGUAAGUCUAUAGUGCGAGAAUGCUUACUCAGUUCGAGCGUGUGCGAUAUUUAGACGAAACUAGCAAACGAAGCGAGAGAUGAUAUAAAACAUUGCCUUUUUAUAUUAAAAACUAAAAUUCAAUUGAAAAAGAAAAAAGCAUAGAAAUCUCUUAAAAAAGGUAAUCGAAUCGAAAAUAAAACUCUUUUUGUAAUAUUUGAAAAUUUGCACUACGUAGGCCGAAGAAUCAAGCAAAUCCUACAAACAGAGAAUGAGAACGCCUCGAGUUUGAAACCCAACCGGAGAAGAGAAAGAGAGAGUGACCAAAUCAAACUCGGAAGGCACGAUAACCAUCUGGAGAAUAUGAAAAAAGAGAGAAAAAAGCGGAGAUUUUUUCCAAAACCCUAUUUUAGCGAUACACAAACUGAUGGACAUAAAGAAAGGCAUCUUGGUUACACAGUGUAUCGUAUUUUUCCCCCAAAUCAAAAACUAGAAGAAAAAAAAUAACCAACCAAACGAUAUUUAGGGUGGUCAGCUUCAGGCCUUAAUCCUGGUGAAUCCAGUGUGUUAGUUAUAUCUAUAGGGUUAUACCACUGCAUUAAGUCGAUGAAGCUUACCGGUAUCAAUGUUCACGAUAGGCGGUUCUGAAACUCGCAACCAUCAACAUCAGCGAAAACGUAGAAAGAUGUAUCAGAACUACAUUAUGUUACUAUCAGGAAAGUGUGUGAAUUUGACAGGCGGAAACAUGGGAAAUAUACUUUGUUGAACGGCGAAUGUCUGCGAGGGAUUGAAUUUGAGUCCACGAUUUUUUAAGAGAGCUAGAAGAACGAUCAGAAACAAGGGAACGAUGCAUCAUUUUUAAUGUACCUAUAUAAUAAAUGUAA